AUGAAACCUCCUAGAACCCGGCUUCUUGCCAUCCCCUUGCUGGCGCGGGGGCUGGCAGCAGCUUGGGAGUUCCCCAGCCCCGCCAGCCGCCAAAUACCGCUGCGACAGGACUCCGGGGCGAUCCACCCGCAAGGCGGCGGCGGCGACGACGACGUGGACAUCAUCCAGGGGAGCCAGUUCCACGGCCUCAAGACGUUUGCCAACCUACCCUACGUCAACUGCUUCUCGGACGAGCAGGCGGCCGCCAAGGGGAACCAGUACGACAUCGCCAUCAUGGGCGCGCCGCACGAUACGACCGUGACGGGAAGGCCAGGGGCGCGCUACGGCCCCACCGGGAUCCGGAUCGGUAGCCAGAGGAUGUCGCUGCUGGACACCUGGAGCGUCUACACGGGCAAGGGCAUGGCGGACUCUUGGGCGACACUGGUCGACUGCGGAGACGUGCCCAUGACGUGGCUCGACAACAAUGUUGCGCUGAAGCAGCUCGACAAGGCCCAUCGAGUCGUCUCUGGAAGAGUUGCGUCGAAUGUCUCGGUGUCCAAGACACCCCGAAUCUUGACCCUCGGGGGCGACCACACGACAACCCUCUCGGCUUUGAGAUCGACUUAUCAGCGGUUCGGCCAAGUAUCGGUGAUUCACAUGGACUCGCACAUCGACACUUGGGAUCCCGAAGUCUUAGGCGGUGGGAUAUCUGACUAUGCCGGGCUAAACCAUGGGACAUUCCUGCAUAUUGCCCAUGAGGAAGGUCUUAUCAAAAACACUUCGAUCCACGCCGGGAUUCGUGGGCCUGUGAUACGAAGAAAGGGGGACAUUCGAAACGACGUCCGAUGCGGGUUUGCUAUUAUCACGGCCAGGGACCUUGACAAACUUGGCGUAGACGGUGUCAUCUCGCACAUCAAGGAGAGGGUCGGUGACUCAAAGGUCUACAUCAGCAUCGCGGCAGACAUCGACGUGCUCGAUCCCGCCUUUGCGCCGGCGACUGGCACAGCUGAGCCCGGGGGGUGGUCGACCCGCGAGUUGCUCACCAUCCUCGACGGCUUGACCGGUCUGCCCGUGGUCGGCGCCGACGUCGUUGAAGUCGCACCAGUCUAUGACAAUGACGGCGAGACGACCGUUUUGGCCGCGGCCGAGGUGGGGCUGAGUCUCCUGACGCUCAUGGUGGAUACUCCCGUGGCUUCAAUCCAGGACGAGAGCGGCGAAACUGAACUUUAG